ACAAAACUGUAUAUUCUGCAUCCAAGGCGAAAGAAUCUAGAAUGUAGUAAAUGGUUUGCGCGUUUAGCUCCUAGGCUUUGCAGAUGACACGCAGUCUGAAGGCAACGCCCUUGACCGCCCUCUGGAUAAGCCAACUAGCUUUUCACAUAAGCCUUCCAUGUUAUUGGAGCACUCUUCGACUCCUACUUAUUCUGUAUCUAUGCAAGUUGCAGCCACGGAAUGCAUACGUGAUUCGCCAAGUGCGGACUGGCGCCGAACUUGUAAACGCGUGGGAGGACAACAUCGUUACGCAUAUUGAUGUGUUAGAAGACAUCGCAGUCUCCGAAGCGGACUUUAACACCAGCUCCCCAGUACUGCUCAACAGGAGUGUAACAGUGGAAAGCGAUGUCGCCUCCGCUGGGACGUUUGGCUAUAUUUUAAACUUUAACUUUUUGCAGCGAAAGGUAACCCUGGGCCCUGGCACCACGCUUACAUUGCGGAACGUCAUCAUCAUGAACUUCCGCGCCGGGACGCUCUCAGCCAGCCCAGGUCUGGACAUCCUCACGCCCACGCAGCACGUGCCCGACGCGCCUCCCUCCAUGGUCAUCAUCCAGGACGCCAUGGUCCUGCUGCGCUGGUGCUACCCGGCGAGCACACAGGACGAAAACAUCCG